AGACCCGCCCCUCCCUCUGCUCCAUCACGUCCACUCUCCACCUGCUGCUGGCUGGAUGUUGACGACUGUCAGCAGGUAGACAGACGGACGGAGGGGCAGGCAGGAGCAGCAGCUGCUGAGAGCCAUCAUGAAGCUGGUUUUGCUCCUCCUGCUGGUGACGGAGGCAUCCUGCAGAUCUCACAGCUCUGGGUGUGAGACGGGCUGUGACUGUCGUGGAGACCUCAAGUUCACCAUAUGCUCAAGGGCUUCCUUCACACGGCUCCCCAGCCGAGUGCCUCCCAUCACUGAACUCCUCGACCUGUCUGACAACUGGAUCUCCAUCAUCCCCGAGCGCACCUUCAACACCACCCGCAAACUACGGGUACUCCUGCUGCAGAACAACAACAUCAGCGUGGUGGAGGAUGGUGCCUUCUCACAGCUGGAGUUCCUCCAGAAGCUGGAUCUGAGCUGGAACCAGAUCACCACUCUCUCUGAGGGAUUCUCCAUUGGCCUAGCCUCACUGCGGGAGCUGCAGCUGUCCCACAACCGACUGACCACCCUGGGCAGCCGGACCUUCCGGCACCUGGACAGCAUCCAACGAUUAAACCUGACCAACAACAGCAUCCAGACCAUUCAGAUGAGGUCGUUUUCCUCAAUGAGCCUCCUCCGACAGCUCCACCUGCAGGACAACCAGCUGACGUCUCUGAGGAGUGGCACUUUCUCCAUGCUGCGCUCCCUCGAAGUCCUCAACCUGGCCGGAAACCAGAUCAGUGAGGUGGAAACUGGUGUCUUCAAGCCACUUGCCAGCUUGACGUUACUCAACAUUGCCAAGAACCAGCUGACCACCAUCUGCUUCAAGACUUUCCUGAGCAUCCACACCUACAGCACCCACCUCCUGCUGGAGGGGAACCCCUGGAACUGCGACUGUGACCUGCAGAGAGUUUUCCGGAAGCUGCGCAGCAUCCAGCGGCUCUUCCUGGAUGACUACUACAACCUGACAUGCAGUUCGCCACCUGACCUCCAGGGCUACCUUCUGAUAAACGUGGAUGAUGAGCUGUGCAUUGCUGAGACGGUCACUGUGCUCAUCAUAACCAUCACCGUCAUCAUCACCCUGCUGGCUGCCAUGCUGAUGGGUGAGAGAAAGAGGAGGAGGAGGAAGAAGAAGGGAUUCCACUGGACGCAGCAGGGAGACUUUUCAGACGAGUCAGACUACUGAAGCAACUUCUGUUUCUGACUUAAAUAUAUCACUCUUUCUUUUCUCACGCUGUAGUCAGGUAGUAUUUUCAACCAAGAGUGCUCAUAACUAGACUAGAAGUGGAGUUAAAAAAGUCCAGAUAGAAGCCUCAGUGAGAUUAAAAACCUGUAUUUCAAAAGUGACUUGGCCAAGAAGGGAUUGUAUCCAUCCAUCCAUUCAUUGCAUUCUACUUAUGUGAAGUUGGGUUGUGGUCACAACAAA